AUGGCAUCCCACCUCGAAAACCGCGAACACCGCACCUCAACAACCUCAAUUCCCCUAGAAGAUCUCGAGGCCGCCUCCAGACCUAAUAGCACCUAUCAAUCCUCCCGCUGGAACGGAUUUUCCCAGUUUCACCCGUCAAAUAUACUAGCCAACCCAAAUGGUUCAACGUCGCAAGAGGACUGGCUGGCCAGUGCGGAGGAAACUUUGCUCAGAUUAAUGAUCGCCCUCACGCCUAGCUUUCUACAGAAAUAUGUCGGCGUUGUGCCGGAUCAACCGGCGAAACUACAUGCGAUCGCUGCACUCGAUGGGCUCCGAGGCUGGGCCUGUCUGCUUGUGUUCAACUUCCACUUUCUUUUCGCGUAUACAUGGAAAGUUGCGAUCGGAUGGGGAUUUGCGGGCGAAAAUUGGGGAAUUCACCAAUUACCCUUUGUUCAUCUUUUGAUUUCUGGCCAUAUCAUGGUGGCCAUCUUCUUUGUCAUCUCGGGCUAUGUUCUUUCUUACAAGCCUUUAAAGACUAUUCGGUCUCGAUCUUUUGAUCAGACCUUUACUGUGUUAGCGUCGUCGACUUUUAGACGGGCAUUGCGCCUUUACAUCCCAUCUAUCAUUGGUCUUGCGUGUGUUUUUAUCGGUGUGCGGCUUGGUGUCUACAAUUAUUCUUGGGGUGUCAUCAAGGAAGGCCACACCAUUGUCGGCACGAAUGAGCAGCAUCCGCCAGUCUACAAAUCCCUCUACAAACAGUCUUGGGACUGGUAUUACACGGUGGCGCGUUUGAUGAAUCCAUUUGAUUGGUCUCUCUACUACAAUAACUAUAACCCCCAUCUAUGGACCAUCCCUGUCGAGUUCCGCUGCUCACUCGUGCUCUUCCUUGCAACCCUGGCGACCUCGCGUUUGGUUUCUUCCGUGCGCAUGGCUCUCAUCGCUAUCCUGACUUGGUUCUGUAUGCGUUACGGCAGAUGGGACGUUGUCUUGUUCUUGGUGGGUAUGCAGAUGGCCGAAAUCGAUCAAAUCAACGGAACCUGGGAGCGGCCAGCUUCAGCAAGAGCAGAUGACAACCUUCACAUCCGUUUCCAACCGGGCGGUAAAGUGAUCUUCAGUGUCUCUCGUCGGCGUCUGUGGAUCGGAGUCUUCGUGGUCGGCCUUUACAUCGGCUCGUGUCCUAAUCUCGGCUUCAAGUGGACGCCAGGCUACAGAUGGAUCUGGCAUAUCACACCCCAUACCUACGGGGAACCUCACCGUUUCGCGCAAACAAUCGGUGCAGCCCUGAUCGUUUUCAGCAUCAAUCACUCCCCCGAUAUCCAGAAACUCUUCACCAAUCCCUUAUCCCAGUAUUUGGGCAAGAUAUCCUACGCUUUCUAUAUUGUCCAUGGACCUAUUCUCCACUCGUUAGGAUACUCCAUUAUGCCUAACAUCUGGGAAAUCACGGGCAAAGAAACGAAUAUCCAGUAUUGUUUCGGUUUCUUGAUUGGUUGGCUGAUUUGUCUACCUAUCUCUAUUUGGGCGGGCGAUGUUUUCUGGCGUGCUAUUGAUAUUCCUAGUGUUAAGUUUGCGCGUUGGCUUGAGGACCAACUUAUAGCCAAGGGUGCUUCUGCAACUACAACCCCGAGUCUAUUGACCCCGAGGGCGCAAACCCCACGGAGGCAAUGA